AUGGCUGAUAGUUAUCAGCUCUCUUCCAAAGCUCUGGAGGUUACCCGUAUUUGUGCCGACAAGUACAUGGUGAAAAGCUGUGGCAAAGAUGGCUUUCACUUCCGAGUUUGGCUCCACCCCUUCCACGUCAUCCACAUCAAUAAGAUGUUGUCCUGUGCUGGGGCUGAUGAACUCCAGACAGGUAUGCGGGGUGCCUUUGGAAAGCCCCAGGGCACAGUGGCCAGGGCCCACAUUGGCCAAGUCAUCAUGUCCAUCAGCACCAAGCUGCAGAGCAAGGAGCAUGUGAUUGAGGCUCUACGCAGGGCGAAGUUCAAGUUUCCUGGCCGCCAGAAGAUCCACGUCUCCAAGAAGUGGGGCUUUACUAAGUUUAAUGCGGAUGAGUUUGAAGACAUGGUGGCUAAAAAGCGGCUUAUCCCAGAUGGAUGUGGGGUCAAAUACAUCCCUAAUCGUGGACCCCUGGACAAAUGGCNGAGGAUUCACCACCUCACAGGGACGAAGAUAGUCCUCGGUGGCUUCGAGCGCGCCCUGUCAAGCAACAUCAUGGGGGCGGAAACGGAAAGCUACCAGUGGAAGAAGGAGAGAAAGAGAUCGAUUCAACCCUGGGAGCAGCUUGGCCCCAAAAAAACUUCUGAUAGCAUUACUGGUAAUAUUGUCUGGGCAGGACAGGAGUUUAAAACAGACAGUAAAGUAAAUUCCACCUUUUAUACACGGUACACUUCUGUUGGGGUACAGAUGUACUACAAGCCCGUCUACGAGCAGCUGACACAAGAGCUCAUUGCCAACAACUGUACAGAAAUGUCAGGGAGGAAAUAG